AUGGUAGAAUCAACAGCUUUGUUUGAUGGAAUUCAAUUUCUUAUUCAAGAUCAUAAAUUGAUCAGACAAUUGUUUGACAGAUGGCAUGAUGCUUCUUCACAAAUUGAUAAGAACAGCAUUGUUGAACAGUUCAUACGUGAAAUUUGUAUGCACGCCUCAGCAGAAGAAAGAUAUUUGUAUCCUCUUAUUGCUGAAAAGAUUGAUGGAGGAAAACUUCUCAGUGAUAGAAAUUAUUUGGAUGAUCAACUCAAUAAGGAAAUGUUACAAUUCAUGCUUGACAAUGUCAAUCAUCAAAAGAGUGACAUGGACAAAUUCGUUUUCAACAAGACAGUAGAAAAGUUUAUUCAAAUCGAAUUGGAACAUUUGCAACAAGAAGAGGAUGAUGUUUUUCCAAGAUUGAAAGCAGUCUUGACACAACAAGAAUUAGUCACUCUUCACAAUGACUUACAAACUGCUAAAAACAAUGCUCCUACUCAUCCACAUCCAAUGGCACCCAUGAAAUUUGGAAGUAAGAUUAUACACCCACUGGCUGGUGCCAUUGACAAGUUGUUGGAUUAUGGAAGUUCAAAGACAAGCACUACUACAACAGGAACAGCAACCACAACUUUAGAAUCGUCAACAUUGAGUGGACCUAGUGAAGUGAAACAGCAAGCAUCGACUCUUCCUGAAGAGAAGCCACUGUUGAGUGAGACCUCUGUUCCAGGAACCAGUCAAGUCUCGGAUGAACAAAAUAAGACAAGUCAAGGUCUUAAUAUUUCUGACAUUCCCAUUCACAGAUCUGAUCAGACACAAACCACGGAUAUCAUGUAA